AUGGAAAAUUCGAGCGAGAAAAAAAAAUUCCUUCCGUCGCUAAAUUCAAUAUUAUACUCGACCUCUUUGCCCGAAUUGCAAAAUAUAUCCGCACCGCCUCCUCCGAUACCCAUUCCAAAGUUACAGCACACCUCGGUGAAUCAUGCAUCAAGUGCCCAAAGUCAACACCACUACGAACAACCCCCAAUUCAUCACGAACCCAAUGGUCAAG